AUGGACCCCCGUACCAGUGCACAGGACGUGUUGCGAUGUGACCUGUGUGAGACUGCUGUGGUGCAGAUGCACUGUGAUACAUGUCUUGUCAACCUGUGUAAGGCCUGUGUGGGUGACCAUUUCACAGCCGCCCUCUCAAAAUCUCACAAAAUUGUGGAUUUUAAGAACAGAAAAUCGACUCCCCUCUACCCUGGAUGUUUAACACAUAAUAACGAACGAUGUAAAAUGUACUGUAAGCAAUGUGACAUUCCUCUUUGCACUAAAUGCAUUGCAACUGAUGAACAUCUAGGUCAUAAGGUAUCAGAAAUUUUGCAAGUUCUAGAUGAAAAAAGGAUCAGUAUCAUCCUAGAACAGACUGAAUUAAAUGAUACAAUUUACCCAAUCUACCAGGACAUUGCCUCUGAUGUACAAAACAGAAUGAGUCAGUUAGGAAAGGAAUAUGGAGAUCUCUCAACAGUUAUAACAAAACAUGGAGAAGACUGGCACAGAGAAAUUGACAAACUUGUCAAGAAACUUCAAUCUGAAGUUGAUGAGUUGAAAAACACACAGUUACAAACUCUACAGAAACAUCUGGAUGAAAUAAACAAGAACAUUUCUGACAUCAAGGAUGAAAUCAAUUCACUUGAGAAUGCUGUAGGCUCUAAAGAUAUUUCUAAGCUCUUUAGUGUUAAAUCCAGUGUUGAAGAAUAUAGACGGAUUCCACUUCAAAUUGUGCCAUCUUUGCCUAAAUUCACACCAAAAAGAAUUGACGGAGAAUUUUUGAAGAUAAAAAAGAAAUCGCCAGAAGCAGAAUCCUCUCCUCUUUUCAAACAACUGCUUGAUGAAACACAUAUUAUCACCACCACAGACACUGGAUUUGAAGAUUACCUUUACAAUGUGGCCUGUCUGAGUGAUGAAGAAAUCUGGACAAGAGGAUAUGACAGCAUCGUAAAACUCUUCAGUAUCAAUCAGGGAUCACAACUCAAAGCAAUCAGAACCAAGUCAGGGAACAGACCACCUCACAUGGCAGUGACAAAAAGUGGUGAUCUCGUUUUUACUAAUUACAGUGAUCAAACAGUUAACAUUGUGAAGAAUGAGAAGAUAGAAGAGGUGAUCAGACUACAGAACUGGAUACCUCGCAACGUCUGUAGUACCCUCUCUGGUGACCUGCUGGUUAUCCUCAAUAAUGAAAGAAUGGGAGCAAAAGUUGUCCGUUACUAUAUGGUUCCACAAGCUGUAGUAGUGGUUAAUAAGGCCGGGAAACUGAGAUUCAGGUACACUGGACAUAUUCCUGCUCCACAGAAUAAACCAUUCUAUCCACGAGGAAUCACCACAGACAGCCAGAGUUAUAUCCUUACAGCUGAUUAUAACAAUUACUGUGUCCACAUCAUAGACCAGGAUGGACAAUUCCUCCGUUACAUAAACUGUGGACUAAGUGCACCCUGGGGACUGUGUACGGAUGAAAAUUACAAUCAGAAGUUUUUAAUAUUGGAAAAACAUCAAGCGAACAGGUUUGAGACAACUGUUGAAGCCAAUAACAUAACAAUAGACAUUUUAGUCCAAUAUCUUGAAACAGUAAAGCUUGUUGGUAUAAAGAAGUUUGAGUUAAGGGAAUUAUCAAAGGGUGGAGAUUUAGUUUAUACUGAUUACUGGGAUAGAACUGUGAACAUUGUGAAGAAUGAGAAUAUAGAGAAGUUUGAUGAUAAAGGUAAAUGUCUCUAUGCCUGUCAUCAGAACUACCUUACUGAGAAAAAAGACCUGGAUAUAUGUGUGUCUGACUGUAAAGCUAAAGCAGUAGUGGUGGCCAAACAGGCCAGGAAACUGAUAUUCAGGUACACUGGUCAUACUUCUGCUCCACAGAACCAACCAUCGAGUCCACAAGGAAUCACCACAGACAGUCAGAGUCACAUCCUUACAGCUGAUAUUAACAAUUACCGUGUCCACAUCAUAGACCAGGAUGGACAGUUCCUCUGUUACAUAGACUGUGGAGUGAGUGAUCAACAGGGACUGUGCAUAGAUAUGACAAUAUGUUUGUUGUUCAAUAUAAUAGUAGUCAACUGA